AUGGAAAUAUGGGAGUUUGCAGCCGAGGCCAAUCAUGAAUCGGGGGUGGGACCUCGCUCCCCGGAGCCGUCCACUCCCAGCCCCACUCCCACUCCGAGGAGGGCGGGGCCAGGGGAGCAUGACCUCCUGACCUGUGGGAGGUGCCAGACCAACUUCCUCCUGGGAGACAUCCUGGUCUUCAUAGAACACAAAAGGAGACUGUGCAGUGGAGGAGGCCCCGCCCCUGGGGGGUUCUCCAAACCGGGCGAGAGGGGGACCCCCAUCUUGGCACGAGGAGGGGCGGUGCCGGUGGAGGUGGGGGUGCAGGUGACCCCACAUGGGGAGGAGGAAGAGGAGAGGAGGCUGACGCCCGCUAAAGGAAUCUGUCCCAAGCAGGAAAGAGGGAACACAGGUAAAGAUGAGCCAUCCAGCUACAUCUGCACCUCCUGUAAACAGACCUUCACCAGUGCCUGGUUCCUGCUCCAGCACGCCCAACACACACAUGGCAUCAGAAUCUACCUGGACACACACCCCUCCAACUACACCCUCACCCCUCGCAUGGCCCUCCCCCCUCCCAUGGGUGGUGGAGACUCCCUCCCCCGUUCUCCCUUACCAACGUUUCUAGGGGACACCUCCAACCCCUUCCACCUCCUCCGGAUGGCGGCUCCACUACUCAGGGAGUAUCACCGUCCCCAACACCACCACCACCCCCAUCCACCUCCGGCGUAUCUUGACACCCGGCUCCCCGCCACCCCACCCUUCGUCAGCCCCCCGCCCCCCAGACAUCCCCUUGAACGCCUGGGUCCGGAGGAGAUGGGGUCCCUGCUCUCCCAGCACCCCAGUGCCUUCGAGAGGGUGAUGCGUCUGACCCCAAUGGAACCUCCUUCCAUGGACUUCUCCAGAAGGCUCAGAGAGCUGGCGGUUGGCAACAAUAGUAACAACGGAGGCCCCACACCCCCUCUCUCGCCCACCCGUGUGCCCCCCAUGCACCGCCUGCUGAGUCCAACCCUCUUCCAGCCAGGCUCCAAGCACCCACCGUUCCUCACCUACCCCCCACAGCCCCCCACGCCUCAGGGAGACCCAUCCACUACUCCCCAGGCCAAGUCCAAGUCCUGUGAGUUCUGUGGGAAGACCUUCAAGUUCCAGAGCAACCUGAUAGUCCACAGACGGAGUCACACAGGAGAGAGGCCCUACAAGUGCCAUCUGUGUGCCCAUGCCUGUUCUCAAGCCUCCAAGCUGAAGAGACACAUGAAGACACACAUACAUAAAUCAGGCUCCAUGGGGAGCUCCCCUGAACAGGGGAACAGAGGAGAGGGAGGAGAGGGGGAGGGGAAGAGCAGAGAGGGGGAGGGAAAAAUGGGGAUGGACAACGAGGAGGAGGAAGAGGAGGAAGAGGAAGAAGAGGAGGAUGAAAUGGAGGAUGAGGAGGAGAUGAGGAACGGCCUAAGUAGGCCUGAGUCUAACCUGACCAUGGACUCCCCAGACGAGAAGCCUCAUGGUGGGAAUAGAGUGGUGGAGAACGGAGGGGUGGGUAUCAUGCACCCAUAUAACCACCUGGACAAUCACUUGAGACUGGCCCCUUCCAAGCGGACCAUGAGUCUGGACAGGGAGAGGCAUCCUAAUGGAGAGUCAGGAGAAGGAGGAGAUGCUGGGAGGGGGGAGAUGGAGAGAGAGAGGGACAGAGAGCGAGCAAUGGACAGAGCGAUGGACAGAGAAAGAGAAAGUGGAAGAGAAGAGAGGCCCUUGAUGAACGGAAGGAUUAGUGGGUCAGAAGACUCCUUCACUGGUCUGUUCCACCGCCGGCCCACCCCCAUCACCUGCCCCAACCCCUCCAACAAGAGAAUCAAGGUGGAGAAGGAGUUGGAGCUCCCUCCAGCGCCUACCCUCAUCUCCCCAGAGAACAUGUACUCCCAGCUCCUGGCCGGCUACGCCGCCUCACGCCACUUCAUCAGGGAACCUUUCCUUCGCGGCUUCGGCGACGCCCGCCAGUCCCCCUUUGCCACCUCCUCAGAGCACUCCUCCUCUGAGACGGGUUCCCUCCGCUUCUCCACCCCUCCUGGGGAGUUCCUGGAGGGCAGCUCCACCCCUCACCUCAUGCGGGGUCCCGGACCGGCUCGACCCCCUAGUAAGGAGAGCCGACGGAGCGACACCUGCGAGUACUGCGGGAAGAUAUUCAAGAACUGCAGCAACCUGACGGUGCACCGGCGCAGCCACACAGGAGAGAGGCCCUACAAGUGUGACCUGUGCAGCUACGCCUGCGCCCAGAGCUCCAAGCUAACUCGCCACAUGAAGACCCACGGGCAGUUUGGGAAGGAGGUGUACCGCUGUGAUAUCUGCCACAUGCCCUUCAGCGUCUACAGCACCCUGGAGAAACACAUGAAGAAGUGGCACGGGGAACACUUGAUGGCCAGCGACGUUAAACUGGAGGAGGCUGAGAGAGGCUAG